AUGUCCGCUAUCGGUUCUCUGAUUUUCUGCACGGACUGCGGCAACCUCCUACGUGAAUCCACCGGUAACGCCAAUGCCAUUCUACACUGCGAUGUCUGCGGCGCUCGGAACAAAGAUACCGUUCCGCAAACUGUUGUAUCCGAAUCCAAGCCCUCCGCUUUCCCUUCCCCUUUGAGAGCCAAGCGAUCCGCCGUGCAAACGCUAUCUGCCGAAGAUCGCAAGACCGAAGCUAUCACCGAGAAAACCUGUGAACGUUGUGGCCGCAAAGAGAUGUUUUUCACCACGGUCCAGCUGCGCAGUGCAGAUGAAGGUAGUACCGUCUUCUUCCGCUGUGUCUGCGGUUACAAGGAAACCCAGAACAACUAA